UCUAAAUCGAAGAGAGAGAGAGAAAGAGAAAGAACAAAAACGAAAGAGAAAAGCAAACCCCUUUUUUUUGUUCUCUUGUAUUAAUGGUGAUCUCUCCUUAACCACCGAGGGAAGAUGAAAACCGAUGAGAAGCAAACUGAAUUGGCAGAUCAGCCCAAAAACAAAAACAAAAGGCAAAAUCAUCAAAAUUAUUUGGUUCACGAUUCUUCUGUCGAUCAUAAGGGCAGAAUUCCCCACCGAGGAUCCACCGGCGUUUGGAAAGCUUCCCUCUUCAUCAUCGCGAUUGAAUUCAGUGAGAGGCUGAGUUACUAUGGAAUAGCGACGAGCUUAGUGAUAUAUCUGACGAAGGUCAUACGCCAAGACUUGAAAACAGAAGCGAGAAAUGUGAAUUACUGGACUGGUGUCACCACUUUGACGCCUCUGCUUGGUGGGUUCUUGGCCGAUGCUUAUUUGGGUCGUUUCUCCACUGUCCUCGCUUCCACAAUCGUCUACCUCUUAGGGCUGUCUCUGCUCACAGUGUCCACUCUGGUACCAAGCUUGAAGGCAUGUGGCGCUGAAAUAACGUGCGACCAGCCGAGAAAGCUUCAUGAAGCUCUGUUCUUCACGGCCAUCUACUUCAUCUCCGUCCGGACCGGUGGGCACAAGCCUUCCCUGGAGAGCUUCGGCGCCGACCAGUUCGACGAUGAUCACGAGGAAGAAAGAAAGCAAAAGAUGUCAUUUUUCAACUGGUGGAACUCUGGCCUUUGUGCCGGCGUCAUAUUUGGAGUGACAUUAAUAGUGUUUGUGCAAGACCAUGUGGGCUGGGGAGUUUCCGGUGUGAUUCUCACAUCGGUGAUGGCCAUAUCUCUUGCAAUCUUCCUCCUUGGCAGGCCGGUUUAUCGGUUCAGGGCACCAUUGGGAAGCCCUUUAACUCCGCUUCUGCAGGUUCUUGUGGCUGCCUUCAGAAACAGGAAUUUGCCUUAUCCUCCCCAUCCUUCUCACCUCUAUGAACACCAAUCCACUGACAACUCUCAGGGGAGGUUCUUGUCCCAUACACAAAAGCUCAAAUUUUUGGACAAAGCUGCGAUCAUGGAGGAGACAGGUAAUUCAAGUGGGAAACAGAGUGCUUGGAGACUUGCAACCAUUACUAGAGUUGAGGAGUUGAAGCUGAUUUUGAAUAUGAUCCCAAUUUGGAUGACUUCUUUACCAUUUGGAAUCUGCGUGGCACAAGCAUCCACAUUCUUUGUCAAACAAUGUUUAACUCUUGACAGGAAAAUCGGAAGAAGUUUCAUAAUGCCCGCAUCGUCCAUGUUCUGUGUAGCCACGGCCGGAAUGAUAGUCUUUGUCGCAAUCUACGACAAGCUAAUUGUUCCGAUCCUCCGAAGAACCACAGGCAACGUGAGGGGCAUGAGCAUCCUCCAAAGGAUAGGAAUUGGAAUGGUUUUCUCCUUGAUGUCGAUGGUGGUCGCCGCCCUUGUCGAGCGAAAGAGACUUGACGUCAUAAAAGACAACCCAACAAAAGGAUCCACGGAGAUGAGCGUGUUCUGGUUGGCCCCACAAUUUCUGAUCAUCGGAAUUGCAGAUGGGUUAGCUCUGGUGGGGCUGCAGGAGUAUUUCUAUGACCAAGUUCCUGACUCCAUGAGAAGCCUUGGGAUAGCGUUUUACCUCAGUGUCAAUGGGGCUGCCCAUUUCAUCAGCAGCUUGCUGAUUACAGUAGUGGACCGGAUCACCAAAAAGAGUAAUGGGAAGAGUUGGUUUGGGGAAGAUUUGAACAGCGGCCGUUUGGACAAUUUCUAUUGGCUAAUAGCAGCAAUUGUUGCAGUUGAUUUAUGUGUUUAUGUGUUCUUGGCUCGACGGUAUUCUUACAAAACCCUGCAAAAGACGAGGGUGGCCCACUGCUACCAUGGAGAUGGCAAUGACAAGGGCAGAGACGCAGUUUGAAAAAUACUCCCUAUAAUAUAAAAUAUAAUCUGUGGCGUUUUAGUAGCUUUAAUAGUCAGAAAGUUUUUCUUCUUCUUUCUUUGUGUUUGUACAAACAAUUAGGUGUCAUGGCGCUAAUUAAUCGAGAUGUAUGUAAUUUCCAUUAUUCAAAUGAUACUUGUUUGGAAAUAAAACGCCUAGUUCUCUACCAA